AUGGGUCACUUGAAGUUCAAACUAAACGCGGAUGGUUCUUCUUUGGAUAAUCCGGGGAGAAUAGGGGCCAACGCUCUCAUUCGAGACCACAAUGGCAAUUGGGUGAUCGAUGCCUAUCGCCAUAUACGAAGAGCGGCCAGUGUAGAAGUUGAGCUUUGGGCACUCCGUGAGAUUGAAGCAGAUGCUACUCCUGUGCUUUACUUUAUGCAGUCUUCUACUAAUCGAAAUAUUUUGUUAUCUCAUUUGGUUGAUGAGUGCAAGAAGCUCUUUUAUUCUAUGAGUUCUACCUGCUGGAAACAUAUAUUUCGGGAAGGGAAUAAGUGUGUACAGAUACUUUAG